GCCUUUUGACCAGCCUGACAGCUGCCCGGCCACAAUCACACCUUUGCAAUGAGAAUGACGACUUUUGACCAUCACUACAAGCGCCACAUGGCCAGAAAACUGACCCAGGGGGGUCGGAAACUGUGUUCUGUGCGGAAAACUGGGGCCCCACGCGGAAAACUGAGCACACCCCAUCUCUCCUUCCCCACCCUCCCUCUCACCCAGCUGAACGUGAUGCACGAUGGCGUGAUCAUCCACAAACACCGCAACAAACAAGACGAAAAGCAACUUGACGCUCCUGCAUAAUACAGGUUGAGUCAAGGACACACACGUGAGCACACUCCCACGCGAGCCAGGUUUGCGUGUAUCCGUACGUACUCUUCCAUCGACAUGCCCUUGCUAUGCUCCCCGUCGAACACCACAAAGAAACCUUCCUCGGGCUUCAUACUUGCAUCUGCACAUGGGUUCACACGCAUCAACACAGCUGUGUGCGUUCGGCCAGAUUCGAUUCCUCACCUUCUCCCAGACAGAGCCGACCCCCGUGGUGCGUGUGCACUUUCUUUGAUGCAUGAGGGGAGGGGCUGCUGCCGGAUUUGGCGGACGGCUCCUUCAGGGGAUAGAACACCUCGUGCGUCAGUUGUGCCUCGGGUCCCUCCGUGAUGAUGCAGGGGUACUGGAGCUUGAGCGACUCCUCGUAGUCCCCUUCCGGUUCCAAGUGAAGGUUGAGCUGGUGGAUCCCCUCACGGCGAUCUUUGGCAGUCGGCCCACCCUGGCCGGCGGGACGGGGUGUGAACUCGGCAUCGGCCAUGAGCCUCGCGAGCUGAUCCAAGUCCUGAAGGGAUGCGCAUACACACAUGAGUGUCCGAUGCCGCGAUGCAGACACCCUCUCCCUGACCCUCACCUCAGUCGCGUCAUAGUCCUUCAGGCUUGUGGGCGUCUCUAAGAGGGCGUGCUUGACAACCGAACCUAAUGAGGGGAAGAGAACAGGGAACAUGACACCCUUCCUCUAAGCACCCAUAUCCGGUGACUGACCGAUGUGCUCUGGGUGUCCGAUCAGAGGCUGCCAGCUCCCCCUCAUUUGCAGCGAAGCCGACCCUGGCUUCUUCUGCAUGCUCUCCACAAAAUCGACUGCAUCAAGAAGCACACAGCCGCGUCAGCUUGAGCUGUGCCUCAGCUGAGUCUAAAUGCCACAUACGUACCUUUGCUUUUGUCUGGGUCAUUCAGCAUGUCCUGCAGCGACUGGAUGCCCUUCUGCAGACGGGCAGCACGGUCGGCGAGCUGCUGUGGGCUGUCGAUCUGCUGCUGUGGCGUGGCUGACGCACGGGUGGCUGCCCUGCCGCGGGAAUCUGUUGCAGAAGCCCAGCAACCGCUGAAUCGUGGAUCUGGUUGGCGGGGGUCCGGCCGAGAGCCCUUUGGAGGAGACGAACGAGCUGACCGGCUUCGCUGAGGAGGCACACACUGCUCCUGCGUCGACAAGUUGGCUCGCGUGCCUGCUGCCAAACGGCCUGUGUUCACCAAGGAGACGGGCAUCAAGGGAGCAACACCGUGGCGUGAGAUGCCAUUCACCUUGCCAGUCGCUGACUCGGAGCACUGCGGCGUGUGCACUGACCGCCGACUGAGGCGAAUGGUCACGUGCAGCAAAUGGUGAGGUGAAGCAAUGAGUGAGUGAGUGAGUGAAGGAAUGAAUGAAUGCCACUCUGUCUCUGUUGCCGUAGUUUUCAUUCGUUCCAUCGAGCGUGCGUCGGGAUCGCUGCUAAUGCCCCUUCAUCGUCUACUCGCACCUUUGUCUGUCCGCCCUGCCGUGACUCGCGCCACACCGGGAUCCUCAGUUGUGCCCUCGGCGAUGUCAUGCACAACGUCCUUGAGGGGAUGCUGGAGUACGAGAUGGAGAACAUCCUGAAUGUCUGGAUCGAUCACGGGUGGCUGUCUCUUGCUGACCUAGGGGACGUGCA